AAAUGUAAUGACAAGUAUUAUUGUUUGCAAUACGAUUUAAAAUUGAUCGGUGUUAUGUAGCCCUGCGCAUAUUGUACGCUAUCUUAUCAGCUAACAAUGCGUCCAGGUCUCUUAUGUGCUAGACGCUGAUUUCGCUAGUAUUACUUCAUUCUGCGCGCCCGUCGGAUGCAUUUUAUAAAUUAAGCUCCAAGUGAAACAUGUUGUAAAAAACUUAUGUAUGCUGUCAAUUAGCAUUUUGUGAAUAUUUCAAUCGAGUGCACAUACUUAUUUAUACAUAAAUAUAUAGUUUAAUUAUUAACACAACGUUUCACUACAUUGGCAUUUUAAAUAAGCAAUAUACCAAAAAUGAGAAUCCGCAGUUGGAAGAGCGUGUUCUAUUUCAUACCCACAUAUAUCUGUAUUUUUACGAUACUAACAAAAGCGGAAGAUGUUACGGUCGUAAUGAAGAACGAAAGUACAAGCAUGACAGUGGAUGCUUUAACCGAGGUAAAUUAUAGCACCGUGUCAACAACUCCAAUAUCUGAAUUAAGCACACAAACACCUCCAAUGAAUACGACAGAAAUAUCGACGCUUUCCAAUGCUAAUAACACAAGCACGCGUCCCCCAGAGAUCAGCUCUUUAAAGCCCAUACAAAAGCAGACCGAACCAACAGAUUGUUCACAGCGUGAAGAGUCAAGAAAUCAACCGAAAUUCACAACAAACUCACGAUUGCGAAAGUGCUGUCCACUUGGUGAGAAUCUGGAUUACUAUCGUGAGAAUCAAAGUGAUUCCAUGUGUGAUAAUGCGGCUCUCAAGUUUGAACCAACUAUCAUUAGUGCUAUGCUUUAUGAUAACUGCAUUGAGGACUUGGAAAUAACACCAGAAUUGCCCAUCGAAAUUGGCAAUCCAUGUAAUAAUGUUAACUUUUUCAGCUCGUUUCAAUACGAUGAUACGGAAGAUGCAAUAUUUGUAAUGCAAAAUGGAGCUUUAUUAUUGAUCAACAAGAAUGGCACUGACUAUGUGGUUGAGGAGAACUAUUGUCUGGAUCAAGAUAGAUCCGGUAAAAUGAUAGCCUUCGUCUGCAUUUCACAGGUUGAGGAAAUUUCACAGGCAAAGAUUAUAACUAUUGCGGUAUUAAUGCUUAUAAGCAUGCCUUGCCUUCUUCUGGUCAGUUAUUUGCAUCUGACGUUGAAGUUGUUACGCAAUCUUCAUGGAUGGUCAUUGGCAUUGAUGUCACUGUGCUUGGCCUGUGGUUAUUUUGUUUACUCGGUGGUUCACAUAUAUGGAAUACCAUCGGGCGGAUUCAUUGGAUACGUCAUACAGUUCUUUAUACUAAGCUUUUACUUCUGGUACCUCUGCAUAUGCUGUAAUGUUCUUCUGAACAUCUGGUUCAAGCUGCCCUACUACAUACAAUUGAAUAACACUUGGACUAUACUUAAUUUUACUGCUUACCUGUUUAUUGCCAUUACUGGACCCGCGAUAAUGGUUUCAUUAACUGUACAAAAGGGCUUACCCGGCAUGCCUUCAUAUUUCCUGCAAGGACUCACAGAAUCCAUUCGUGAGUCCCAACGCUAUUUUAUACCUCCAGUUUCCACAAUACUUGGACUUAGUUUUCUGGUCAUGGUUAUUGCAUUCUUUGGCUUUCAACGCAUUAAAUCUGAUGGUUAUUUGCGUGCCCACGACGAUGAAAAGGAUGCAACAACGCCCAUACUUGAAUUCGAUGUAGAAAAAUAUGAGAAUGUCAAAAAGGAUGCGAAAUGUGUUGCAUUGCUGGGCAUUAUUAUCAUACUGGCCUGGCUGUUCGAAAUAGUUACAUUCUAUAAGUCUGGUAAUGAAGUUUAUCUGUUACUCUGUGAUAUGAUCAAUGGAUUGCAAGGCCUGUGGAUAAUGCUUAUAUUCCUGGUCGUGCGCAGACGUCGAACUAUAAUAUUACGCUGGUGGUAUGAUCGCGGUUCGCAUACCAUCACUGAGGCGGGCACCGAAUUGCAACCAGUUAACAAAGCAGCGAAUCCAUCAUAAGAAUUUAGUCAAGUCACACAAGUUGUUUAUAUAUGUAUUUUUUUUAUAUAUAUAUAUAAAUUGUUUAUUGCAUUUUACAUAGAAAUGUAUUAUUAUUUUUUUUCUUUCUUUCUCUCACUUGUAUACAUAAAGUGUCAUUGAGUUGAAA